GUAUGUAUAUGUUAUUUUGAAUAGCUAAUAUGGGCAAAUUAAAGUUCCCUUUCCCGGUUUGUAUUGGUUGAAAAAAUGAAGACCCCCCUUGUCCUUGUGUAUUUAAGAGGGAUGGUGCCCCUUUUCCACAUUUGAGUCAUAAAGUUUGUAGUGUUGCGUUGCUAAGAUGGAAGGAGAGCAUAAGAGCAGCAGUUAUGGGGUGACAAAAGCAGGUUCUGUGAGUGUUUGUGAUUUGCUUAUGAGGCUUUUGGCCUUAACACUCACUCUCGUUGCUGCUAUAGUUAUUGGCCUGGAUAAGCAGACCAAGGUUGUUCCCAUCAAAUUUAUAGAUUCUUUACCACCUCUUCAUGUUCCUCUUACUGCUAAAUGGAACCAAAUGUCUGCCAUUCUGUACUUUUUUGUGGCGAAUGCAAUAGCAUGCACGUAUGCAGCCUUGAGUCUAUUGGUUGGCGUGGUAAAUAGAGGCAAAAGCAAAGGGCUAUGGAUAUUGAUCGUUGUCCUGGACGCAUUCAUGGUGGCUUUGCUCUUUUCCGGCAACGGUGCCGCCGCCGCAGCGGGUGUCCUUGGGUACAAAGGGAACUCUCACGUGCAUUGGAACAAGGUGUGCAAUGUCUUUGACAAAUUUUGUCAUCAAAUGGCUGCUUCUAUUGCCUUCUCACUGCUUGGAUCAUUACUAUUCCUCUUACUCCUCCUUCUUCCUGUCGUAAGGCUUCAUCGGAGACCUUAGUUAAUCAAUUCAAAAAUAAUAAACCUUGUUUUAUUUUAUUUAUUAACCAUCUUUCUUACUGUAAUGUGUCUCAGAAUUUUUAUUCUUGUCAACUCAGGUUCCCGUCUAUUAUGUAUUCUCUAUAACAGACUUGUUCAGUAAAUUGUUUUAAUUGCUCCAAA